UUUGAAUUCAAUGUCUACUGAAAGAAUUAAGAUUGUAAAACUAAAGUUAUUUCGACUCUUGGAAAAAUUUAUAUAAGUAAUUAACUAUCUGUAAAUAAUAAAUGUACGAUGUGUGUUUGUAUAGUGAAGAAUGUAAAUCUUGUGGUGGUUUUAUUAAUAUGUUUAGCACCAAUAACAAGACAAUAUGAUGUAUCUGAAGAAACCCAAUUAGAAGACGUUCCAAAUGUUGAUGAAUCAGAAUCAUUACUCUCCAAUGUUGUGUCAGACGUCAAUAAAACUCUUACAAACCUUUACAACACAAUGACACUAGCAAAUGUCACUGCAGAAAAUAAAACACAGAAUGCAAAUGAAACUAGAAAACUCGUUAAAUGUAAAGAGAUUGUGUAUGAUGCCUCAGAAGAGGUAGAGCCAACAGUAGAACUUAUAAAUGCAACGUAUUUGGGAAAAUUGCUUCAAAUAAACCCUGAUAUCACAACAAGAGAUGUAGAGGCAGACUGUGUCUUAGUACUGUUUUACGCUAGAGCGUGUCCGUUCAGUGCUCAUGCAGCACCACAUUUCAAUGCUCUAUCUAGAUCAUAUCCUAAUGUUAAAAUGGUGGCAGUAGACGCUCUGAAGUACCAUGGCAUAAAUGCUCAAUAUGGUAUUAUAGGGGUGCCGACUUUGAAAAUGUUCCAUAAUGGAAGGCCUGUUGGAAAAUUCAACGGGACAGAAUAUAACAUACACUCAUUCAGUAAGUUUGUUCAUGCCAUCACUGGUCAGAAUCCUCAAGUGCUGCUCGUCACUUCAAAGGACUUCCAAGGUCCUGUGUCUAGUGUAGUGGAGAAAGAAACUGAUUAUUUUCUUAUUUUAUCAUGGCUGUUCAUCUUGGUUUGUUCAGUUUAUUAUUUUGUGCAAUCAAAAUGGUGGACUAUGAUAGUGGAGAUGGUACAGAAUAAUUGGCGGGAAUCUGAGGCCCAGCAUGAGCAUACAGAUUGAUUAUGAACUGUUUGAUUAUCUGUGCACUUUAUUUAUUUAUUAUUUGAUAGGUGAAAGUGAGGAUGAAUAAAUAAUUUGAUUUGU